UUCGGAUCCUUUCUGCAGAUCAGUGAACAUGAAGUUGCUUUCGCUUCUCCUCCUGGUUCCUGUGGCGACCAGCUGCACAGACCUCAGCUAUCCUCUGGACUGCAACGACAUCUACAACCAAGAUACCAGCCGAGCCAGUGGAGUUUACACCAUCUACCCCAUCGGAUCCACAUCUGCUGUCCAGGUUUACUGCGACAUGGAGUCUCUGGGGGGAAAGUGGACGGUUUUCCAGAGAAGGAUGGAUGGAACCGUGAACUUCUACAGACCCUGGAACCACUACAAGUUUGGCUUUGGGAUUGCUGCAGGAGAGUACUGGCUUGGUCUGGAGAACAUCUUCCAGCUGACUCACAGGAAGAAAUCAGAGCUGCUGAUCGACAUGGAGGACUUUGAAGGGAAAAAAGCCUACGCUCGUUACACCGUGUUCUCCAUCGGCCCAGAGUCCGACGGAUACAAACUACGUCUGAGCGGAUUCACCAAUGGAGGCGCAGGGGACUCUCUGAGUCACAUCAGUGGACAGAAGUUCUCCACCUUUGAUAAAGAUCAGGACACCUGGGAGAAGAGCUGCGCCCGCACCUUCAUCGCAGGCUUCUGGUUCUCCAACUGUCACUCUGCGAACCCGAACGGUGUUUACCGCUGGGGAGCCGACGACUCGCUUUACGCCAUCGGACUGGAGUGGAUCACCUGGAAGGGGCGGGGCUAUUCCCUUAAGGCCAUCAGCAUGAAGAUCCGCCCCGUCCAGUGAGGCCUGAAUGUCAUCAGUUUGGCUUCCAGGUUUUUAGAUUGAGGAGAAGCAGCAGGUUGAACCAAACGAUCACUUCAUCCUGUAGCAUCAUUAGAAAUGAUCAAUGUUCUGCCUCUGUGACGUCAGCAGGUUAAACUCUGUAAGCAUCAUGAUGAUGAUGAUGAUGAUUUAUCAGCCUGAUGUUCAGAGCAGAUCCACCAAAUUAAUUUGUUUUUUUUAAUGUUUAUUUACUUUGUUGACAGAGAAACUGUAAUACUUUGAUAGAUGACACCAUUAAAGUUUCCCACUUCUCCUCAUUUCUAUUAUUUACUGAACUGGUUUAUUAUUGAACAGACCAGUGAUUCCCAUGGAG